CUUCCUGAGAGAAAGAUAUAUCGGCGGCAGCGCCAUCAUGGAGCGGGGCUUGGACAUGGACGACGUCGUGCAUCGCCCGCUGCUCUUCGCAACGAGGGGCUACGCGUCGUCCCAGCUGCUUCUCGACGACGCGCAGCGGAAGCGCCGCCACCGCAACGACGCAGACGACGAUGGGCGACUCGAGGAUGCCUACCUGCACGGACCAUCGGCGCCACGCCUGCGACUCGAAACGCUGGGUUCGCGCGCGGCCACGAUCGUGCUGGCCGCCUCGUACGUCUCUUUCUGCGUGGCCUUGGUCAUGGCGUACUUGUACAGUGAUGCGUACCUCCGGACCACGAUCAAUUUGCCCGGCGAUGUGUGUCAACCAACGACGCCGAUCGACACACCAUGCACAUACAUCGACUACCACACAGCUAACGCAUGGUAUGCGGCCAACGUGAGCAAUGUCUCGUGGUUGGCAGGCUCGAUGCAGCUGAGUAUUCUACCGGCGAACCUCACGCAGCACGAGCCGAGUUUCGUGCUCGAGUACGACGUGUCCGUUUACGGUGGGCGCUUCCCGUUCACCGAGCAUGGUGCACACAAACCCAUCUUCAGCCUCGCGAACCAGAGCCUCUGGUUGCACUGUGCAGAGAUUGCGUGCGACGCCGCGCCGCUUUUUGAUAUCUCACAGGCCAACGAAGGCCUCGGAGGCAACGGAUACGGCUCGUACCUCGUUCUUGUCGUCUUCGACGGCUACUACCCCCACCUCUUUGCGCGCGACGUGCAGUACGCCUUCAGCUACACGAAACCGGCCGUGGUCGUGAGCCAGCUCGUCGUGCGCACCGCGUUGCUGCUACUCUCGCUGGGCGCGCUUCCGUACUGGGUCCGAGCCGUGCCGUCGCCGCGGCUUCGCAUUCAGUCGCAGCUCUUCUGGGUACUUUGCGUCCUCGUGCUGUGGCAGAACCCCGUGUUCGUCGUCGCCCAAUGGUUUGGUGACGUCUCGAACGCAACGCGACUCAGCGCCAAUGUCGUCCAAGCGUGGGCCAACGCGUGCUUCCGCGGCCUGUGGCUCUUCAUGCUCGGCCACCCGGCGUCGGUUGCGACCCGCGUCUGGCCCAAGGUCCUCUUCGUGCUGCUGUUUGGCAGUCUCCAGACGAGCCAAAGCAUCUUGCGGCUGCCGUCGCUCUCGCCCGGCCACGAGCCCGAGGCCGAGACGGCGUACAUUGCGCUGGGCAUCUCGCUCCUUCUUCUCAACUGGUACUGGCUCGCGUGGGUGGUGCAGACGGCGCUCGAGACCGCCGCGACGCUGCAAACGUUUGUGUACAUGCUGUCGCGCCACGAGCAACUGAGCUUCCGCUUCCUGCUCUUCGAGUCGGUGCUUUUAUUGGUGCAACUCUUGCUCGCGUCCCUCGUCCAUGCGGGGCAGCUCAUCGCGGCCGUCGUGUCGGCCGAAGGCAGUGCGUCCAUGGCGUCGCUCCGACGCGCGUGCAUCGUCGUGCUGGGCGCGAUGGGCAACGACAUGCCGCAGCUCUCGUUCGUCAUCUUCUUCGCCGUCUUUGUGUCGCUCAUGCUCUGGGUGCAUUUGCCCGCUCCGCCCAUCACAGCGACGUCAUCCCUCUUCCAGUCGACGGCCUUUUACGUACACGAAAAACACCAGCACGACGGGCACGUCUUUUGCCUCGAGACAGCCGAGUGGCUCGUGCAACUGGCGUGGCAAGCGUACUUUGACCCGGUCGGCAACCCGUCGUCGUCGGGUGCCGGCGUCCAAACGCUCGAAACCUUUGGCUUUGAGCUCAUUGCGCACCUCCGGCACGACCUCGUCGACACGCACGCGCUUGUGUGCAUCAACCGCGAGACGCAGCAGCUGGUCGUGGCGUUCCGCGGCUCGGUGAGCAAGGCGCACUGGAAGACGAACCUCCGAUUCCACCAAGUGCCGCUCUGGAUGCAUGCAAUGGGUGCGCGCGGCAAGCACCGUCGCCGCAGAAGCUGCAAGGAGCGACUCCAGCUCUGCGCCGGACGCAUUCCGCUCCUCAACCUCGCGCUGCCACGCGUACACAGCGGUUUUUGGAAAGCGUAUGCUGCGGUGCGCGACGAUCUCAAGGAGACGCUGCGCCUCGUGCUGCAGGACGACCCGUACCUGCAUGUGUACGUCACGGGGCACAGCAUGGGCGGUGCGCUCGCCGUGCUCGCCGCCUACGACAUUGCGGCGCAUUUUGCGGCCUCGCGCGUGUCCAUGUACAAUUUCGGCGGUCCGCGCGUCGGCAACCCCGCGUUUGUGCGCCAGUACAACCGGACAGUGCCCGAGAGCUUCCGCGUCGUCUUCGACGGCGACCUCGUGGCCGGGAUUCCGCGGUUUUGGGGACUCUACGAGCACGUCGGUCGGGAAGUGUCGAUUGACGGGACGGGCAACGUGCUGUUGGACCCGAGCUUUAUCGAGCGACGCCUCCUCGUGUCGUCCAAGACCAAGGUGGCCUCGCACGCGACUCUGGUCUAUCGCAACGCUCUUCGCCUCUGCCUCGAUAACCUCCGCGACGAGUCGUAA